UCUCACUUAACCAUUCCUCACUCCUACAAAAAACAACAUAAAAAGUCACAGAGAAUAUAGAGAAUGAAUAUGGGUGCUUCUAUAUUUUCCUCACCAGCAUUUAUUGCAGUCAUUUUACUUGUCCUAGCCAAUAAUGUUUGGCAUUGUCAUGGGAUUACAAGACACUAUAGGUUUGAUAUAAGGUUGAAAAAGGUGACACACUUGUGCAAGACAAAGAACAUGAUUACUGUCAAUGGCAAGUUCCCUGGUCCUCCAAUUGUUGCAAGGGAGGGUGAUCAAGUUGUUGUUAAAGUUGUAAACCAUGUCACAAAUAACAUCACCAUCCAUUGGCAUGGGAUCCGACAACUAGGGAGCCAAUGGGCCGACGGCCCGGCAUACGUAACUCAAUGCCCAAUCCAGACUGGCCAUAGCUAUGUCUACAACUUUACAAUCAAAGGCCAAAGAGGGACUCUUUUUUGGCAUGCUCACAUCUCAUGGAUUAGGGCUACUGUUUAUGGACCUCUUAUUAUCCUCCCUAAGAGGAAUGAAUCAUAUCCAUUCCCUAAGCCUCACCAGGAAAAAACCAUCAUAUUUGGGGAGUGGUGGAACAACAACACUGAAGCAGUUAUCAAACAAGCCCUUCAGAGUGGAGGGGGACCGAACGUGUCCGAUGCUUAUACCUUCAAUGGAUUUCCGGGGCCAUUGUACAAUUCAUGCAUGGGAGCUAAAGGUUUGGCAGACACAUACAAGCUAAAGGUGAAGCCAGGAAAAACUUAUCUAUUGCGUCUAAUCAAUGCUGCACUCAAUGACGAGUUAUUCUUCAGUAUAGCAAACCACACUAUGACAAUCGUUGAAGCUGAUGCACUCUAUGUAAAGCCAUUUCAAAGUGACACACUUCUCAUAGCACCAGGCCAAACCACCAAUGUCCUACUUAAAACCAACCCAAAUCCUAGCCACACUCACACCACUUACCUAAUGGCAGUAAGGCCAUACUUCACCGGCAGUGGCACCUUUGACAACACCACCGCGGCAGCCAUUCUAGAGUACGAAACGCCACGAAAACCGCCCUCGAAUUCACCCAUUCAACAAAAGAUCAACAUUGCUACACUCAAGGAUAAUCUCCCUCGUCUACCUUCUGUCAAUGACACUUCAUUUGUAUCAAACUUUAGUAGGAAGUUCCAUAGUUUGAACAAUGCUCAAUUUCCUGUUAAUGUCCCACAAACUGUUGAUAAACACUUCUUUUUUACUGUAGGACUUGGAACUACUCCUUGCCCUAAGAACCAAACAUGCCAAGGCCCUAAUAACAACACUAAAUUUUCUGCCACAGUGAAUAAUAUUUCUAUGAUUCUCCCAUCAACUGCCCUUCUUCAAUCCUAUUUCUUUGGCCAAAAUGAUGGAGUUUAUACCACUAAUUUCCCUCAAUUACCUCUCAAACAGUUUAAUUAUACCGGUACGCCGCCUAAUAACACUAAUGUGAUGAAUGGUACCAAAGUUUUGGUCAUACCAUAUAACACUAGUGUGGAGCUUAUUAUGCAGGAUACUAGCAUUGUUAGUGCUGAGAGUCACCCUCUUCAUCUCCAUGGACAUAAUUUCUAUGUUGUUGGCCAAGGUUUUGGUAACUUUAACCCUAACAAAGAUCCAGCCAACUAUAAUCUUGUUGAUCCUGUUGAAAGGAAUACUAUUGCCGUGCCUUCAGGUGGUUGGGUCGCUAUUCGGUUCAGAGCUGAUAAUCCAGGUGUGUGGUUCAUGCACUGUCAUUUUGAGGUGCACAUCAGUUGGGGACUAAAGAUGGCUUGGCUUGUACUCGACGGAAAAUUACCCAAUCAGAAGGUGCCACCUCCGCCCGCCGACCUUCCGAAAUGCUAGUUGAUCAUCGUCCUUCGGCUGUGACAUUCACCAUGAUUUUCCUUGUUUUUGUUGAUGGUUUUUGAUUGAGAUCUGAGGAUUGUAAGAGCCAGCUGAGGAGUUGAAUUGUGUAGAAUUAAUAAAGGCGCCUUUGUAACAUUUAAUUAGAUUGUUUUGA